CAAAAAGUCUCACUACUGUACUGAUAAUGAUGAAGAUAUAUAGGCAGAUAUAUGUCUCUUAGAAUAAAGUAGUGUGUAUAGACUAGUUAAAAUGAAUUAUCGACGGACAUUUUCGAUUUUAAUUCUUCUCACUACAAUAUCAAUUUGCUACUUUACAUUCUUCAAAGUUGAUAUUUUAAAGUAUUUGAGAACACUUGAUACUAAAGUUAUAACUCCCAAUUCCGCUGUAUAUGUACGUGAUCAAACAGGCUUGAUACUUCAAACAAAUAUAGGAACUGUAAAAACUAGAGGAAAUAUAACAAAUCACACAGAUGCAAUUAUGAUAUUACUAUGGACGAAAUGUGCGAACCAUUUGUGCUUUCCCCUUGGGAUCUAUAAUGGUCCUCAUUUUAAAUGUGAAGUAACCGAGGAUAGUUCCAAAAUAAAGGAAGCCCACGCUGUAGUUUUCCAAACCUGUACUAUGCGUAAUCUUCUCAAGGCAGGUAUUCCAACGUACAGAUCACCCAGUCAAAAAUGGAUAUUCCUGUGUGCGGAGCCGCCACCAAAGAAACCUUUAAAAUUCCCAGAGCUGAAAGAUACGUUCAAUUUUACAAUGACAACUAGGUUGGAUUCUAAUUAUCACACUUAUCAUGGAUUUUACAAUCUAAGUAGAAUAUCAGACAUAUUUGAUGGUCCGAAAUGAGGAAGGUCCACCAUUAAUUU